AUGCGCGUCGCCGCCGGCCGCCUCGAGCCAGCGAAGCCAGGCAAGGGAGUUUGUGAGGGAAGAGGCGAGGCGGGCCGGCUGGGCAGGAGGGCCCCUUCUCCCACCCGGAAAGGCCGGCCGGCCGGCGGACGGCCCAGCUCGCUGGCGCUGAGGGAGAGCCGGCGCCCCCUGAGGUAAGUGCGGGCGGCGGCAGCGGCGGCGGCUUCCCUUCUCCCUCCCGCUCACGCCGCCUCUGACGGAGCCUCCGACUGACUCUCCUCCUCCUCCUCCUCCUUCUCUUUUCUCCUCAGAGCUCCGAAGCGACGCCCGGGGGAGCCCAGCAGAGCGCGGGGAGGCUCCCGGGCCUGCUCUGACUGA